AUUCCACCAGAUGGCAUGGUCUCGGCUAGCUACUACCUCAAUCAGGUUGUACGGUCGUCCAAAAUGUCGCUAUUAGAGGGUCCGUUAAAUGUGCUCGGCCAGAGAACAACUGGUGAAUCUGUUCGCACUCAAAAUGUCAUGGCCGCUGCAUCCAUCGCCAACAUCGUCAAGAGCUCCCUCGGACCCGUUGGCCUCGACAAAAUGCUGGUGGACGACAUUGGGGAUGUGACCAUCACAAAUGAUGGAGCAACCAUCCUGAAGCUGCUAGAAGUGGAGCAUCCAGCUGCCAAGGUCCUGUGUGAACUGGCUGACCUGCAGGACAAGGAGGUCGGAGAUGGGACCACUUCUGUGGUAAUUCUUGCUGCAGAGUUUCUAAAAAGUGCAGAUGAAUUGGUGAAGCAGAAGAUUCACCCCACAUCUGUCAUCAGUGGAUAUCGUCUGGCAUGCAAGGAGGCAGUGCGAUACAUUAAUGAGAAUCUCACUAUUGCGACAGAUGAUCUGGGCAGAGAGUGCUUAAUCAAUGCAGCUAAGACCUCCAUGUCCUCCAAAAUAAUUGGAGGUGAUGCAGACUUUUUUGCUAACAUAGUGGUAGAUGCUGCCAUGGCUGUGAAGUUUGUGGAUGGCAAGGGGGUGGCCAAAUAUCCCAUCAAUUCUGUCAACGUGCUGAAAGCCCAUGGCCGUAGCCAGAAAGAGAGCUUCUUGGUUAAUGGAUAUGCACUGAACUGCACAGUUGGUUCACAAGGCAUGGUUAAGCGUGUCGUUAAUGCCAAGAUUGCCUGUCUGGACUUCAGCCUGCAGAAGACCAAGAUGAAGAUGGGAGUCCAGGUCAUCAUCAAUGACCCAGAGAAGCUUGACCAGAUCAGACAAAGGGAAUCUGAUAUCACCAAAGAAAGGAUCCAAAAGAUUUUGGCAUCUGGGGCUAAUGUUAUCCUGACCACCGGUGGCAUUGAUGACAUGUGUCUUAAGUACUUUGUGGAUGUAGGAGCCAUGGCAGUGAGAAGAGUUCUUAAGAAGGACCUCAAACGCAUCGCUAAAGCAACAGGAGCCACCGUCUGUCCUUCACUGAGCAAUCUGGAAGGAGAGGAGACGUUCGAGGCCACUAUGCUCGGCCAGGCUGAGGAGGUUGUGCAGGAACGCGUCUGCGAUGAUGAACUCAUCCUGGUCAAGAAUACCAAAGCACGCACGUCAGCCUCCAUCAUUUUGCGUGGGGCCAACGACUUCAUGUGUGAUGAGAUGGAGCGUUCACUGCAUGAUGCACUCUGUGUUGUCAAGAGGGUGCUGGAAUCAAAGUCGGUAGUGCCAGGAGGAGGCGCUGUGGAGGCAGCCCUGUCAAUCUACCUGGAGAACUAUGCUACCAGCAUGGGUUCCAGAGAGCAGUUGGCUAUUGCCGAAUUUGCCCGGUCUCUCCUUGUGAUCCCCAAAACGCUGGCUGUGAAUGCAGCACAAGACUCCACUGAUCUGGUAGCAAAGCUUCGUGCAUUCCACAAUGAGGCUCAAGUUAACCCCGAACGCAAGAAUCUCAAGUGGAUUGGUCUUGACCUGGUGAAUGGCAAGCCUAGAGACAACCGUCAGGCCGGUGUGUACGAGCCCACCAUGGUUAAGACAAAGAGCCUCAAGUUCGCUACUGAGGCGGCCAUCACCAUCCUCCGCAUCGACGACCUCAUCAGACUGUUCCCAGAACAGAAAGAAGGUGGGCAGUCGUACAGGGAUGCUGUGGAAUCUGGAUCUCUGGAGAGUUAAAAGGCUGCAAUUGGUUCCGAUAGGUUCAACGUCUGUAUUUACAUAUAUAUGUGUGUGUGUAUAUAUAUGAGGAGCUCUCCAUGGCUGUUGCUCUAGCAUAGGCUGUGCACAUUGCCCGUUUACUGUUCACCCGCUCCCUUGGGGCUCUUGUUUCCAGAGGAACUGUAAGUGGUUUUUUUGGGGGGGGAGAGACACUUAAUAAAACUCCAGUGGUUGUA